AAAGUUGUAGGCUUCUCGGGGUCCAUGGAGCACAUGACGAAGCUUCCCAGUUAGUCAAAGCUCAACGCUGCUGCCACUUGUAAAAUAUCUAUUGAUAAAAUUGCAAGACGAUCUGAAAACCCAGACACCGAUCCUUUCCUAGUCUCCAGGCAUGGCCGCCAACGAGCCCGUCCUUCCCCUCGCAGGCCGCGUGGCCAUCGUCACCGGCGCCUCCCGAGGCAUCGGCCGCGCCAUCGCUCUCCACCUUGCCUCCCUCGGUGCCGGCGUCGUCCUUGGCUACGCCUCCAACGCCACACAGGCCGACCUCCUCGCCGCCCAAAUCAACUCCUCCCACGAAGCGCGUGCCGUCGCCGUCCGCGCCGAUGUCUCUGACCCAGCUGAUGUCAAAUCGCUAUUCGACCGCGCUGAGUCCGCCUUCGGAGGCGCCGCGCCCCACAUCCUCGUCGCCUGCGCCGGCGUCCUCGACCCCAAGUAUCCGCCCCUCGUCGACACAACCCUCGAAGACUGGGACGCCGCCUUCAACGUCAACGCCCGCGGCGCGUUCCUCUGCUGCCAGGAGGCGGCGGCGCGGCUGAUACGCGGGGGCGGCGGGAGGAUCGUGACGGUGUCGUCGUCGUUGGUGGCGGCGCUGCUGCCGGGAUACGCAGCAUAUGCGGCGUCGAAGGCGGCGGUGGAGGCGAUGACGAAAGUGCUGGCGAAGGAGCUACGAGGGACGGGGGUUACGGCCAACUGCGUGGCGCCGGGGCCGACGGCCACGGACCUCUUCUUCGCGGGGAAGAGCGAGGAGGCCGUGAAUCGGACAGCGGAGGCGAGCCCAUUGGGGCGGCUGGGGCAGCCGGAGGACGUGGCCGCGCUGGUGGGGUUCCUGUGCACCGACGCCGGCGAGUGGGUGAACGGGCAGGUCGUACGGGUCAACGGUGGAUUCAUUUGAGACUGGCUUCGGCUUCUUCGUAGUGGAAUCGCUGUUAAUUCAUCGCCAUAUUUCAAUAAAAGGAUUGUGCUGUCUUAUUACACAAGAAAAGGAUAUUUCAAUUGAUGCAAAUUAAAUACAAGGUGGCAAUUAAUUAA